AUUCAAAACUAAGGUCGACUCGUGCGAUACACGUUGAAUUUGUUUUAAUAUUAUAAACAAAAAUGUCUGUUGUUAAGAAAAAGAAGCACGUUUCUAAAAAGAAUAAAAAGGCAUGGAGAAAACAUUGUGAUAUCAAUGAUGUAGAAGAAUUCUUAGAGGACCAGCGGCUGGAGGAAAGAUUGGGAAAGUUUGACACUAAGCCAGACAGCGAGUUGUUCGUAGUAGACACACAGGGUGAUGAACAUACUAAAGCAAAAGAAAAAACAGCUGAUGAGACUGCUAAAGUGGUGGCAAAGCCGAGAUCAGCCAAGGAGAGGAAACGUCUACAGUUGUCACAGACACCUAAAUGCUUCGAAGUUUUGUUACCUACUUCUAAGGUACAAGACCCAAACGCAAAGAGGAAUCACGUCAAUCCAGUGGGCUCCAAACCAACGGCUCUCAGUAAAAUAAAUGAGAAAAAACGUGUUGAGACAGGAAAAUUCCAGAAGAAGGUUGAAGUAGCCAGGAAAAAUAGGAAAAUUGCUCUGGAUAAAAAAAGGAAGACAAAAGCCAUUAGAAACACGUUUGAUUUGGACUUAUGGGGUCAAGACUUGCCAGAAGCCAAAGGUAUCCCAGAAACUCUUUGCGAAGAGUUUGUUCCGACAGAGGCACAGCUACACAACGUUCCAACACAGAGGAGGUUGCGGCCCAAACCACCUCUGCCGAAGACUGUGGUUACCAGAUCAGCGGUGGACACUCCACACCCAGGCAUCAGUUACAACCCUAGUUUUAAGGAGCACCAAGAGUUGCUGCAAGAAGUAGUGCAGCACGAACAGAAGAUGAUGAAACGCGAGGCGCAUCUGUUGCGCGUCACUAAUGGCAUGUUCAGGAAGGUCACGCAGGAACAGAAGGAGAACCAAUGGCGUGAAGAGAUGAGCGUUGGUCUGCCUCAACCGCACAACCCGGCCAACGACCCGUCCGACGAGUCCGACAACGAAUACAAAGCGGUCAACCCGCCCGUCAAGAACAAGAAGAAAGACCAUAAAGCUAGAAGGAAACAGCGCGAGCAACUGGAGGAGAAAGAACGGCUGAAACGGCUCAAGAUCGAUAAGAAGAAGAUCACAGAUUUGUACAAGCUCCGCCAGCUCCAAUCUUCGAUAAAGAAGGCAGAAAGCACUCAAGCUGAAGAACGUACCAAGCGUGCGACCAAAAAGACCAUAGAAGAAGCGACUGCUUUACCUGCUCUAAGUGCCCACAAGACACCUAAGAAGGAACCAGACUUCGUCGACCCAGAACUAUUGACUGGGGAUUUGAGGAAACUCAGAUCUACAACGAACCUCCUCCGCGAUCGCUUCGAGUCUCUCCAACGCCGUGGCGCGCUGGCCGCGUCCAAGGUCAUGAUGAAGAAGAAAAGGAAAAUCAAGAGUUACUUCAAGGCUGGCCACAAAGUCACCGAGAAAGACAUUGAGAAGUACACCACCAGGAGUACGGAGAAAAAGUAACCUUUUUACGUGGUGUUAAGGUGAUAUGUCAAGUUGUUGAUAGAUAAAUAAAAAUAUUUACAUGUA